AUGAUGAUCCCGUCGUUCCCUGCCACGGAAAGUGCCAGCCCUGCUUUCUGGAGCUGGCCCGAGGGGUCGGUGUAUAACAGGAGCUGGCAUCCAAAGCUGGUGAAGCACGAGGACAAUCUCUACGACUGGAACGACUGCGAAGGUGGUUGCUGGAGGCAAGUCCCCAUCACGCUGCUCAUCUGCCUCUGCGGGCUGGUGGGGAACGGGGCCGUCCUCUGGCUCCUCAACGCCCGUGCCCACAGGAACCCCAUCACCAUCUACGUCCUAAGCCUGGCUGCCGCCGACUUCACCUUCCUCCUCUCCAUCGCCGUCGCCCUUGUGAUAUUUUACGGCCCGGAGAACCUGUGUCACAGGCUGGGCUCAUGACACGUGACGACCGUGUUGAACAUCAUCAUCCUCUUCGCUUUCACCGCCAGCGUCUACCUCCUGGCAGCCCUCAGCGCCGCGGCGUCUCUCUCCGUUCUCCUGCCAUCCCGCUGUCCCUGCCGCCGCUCCCCGAGUUCCCCGGUGCUCGUGUGUGCCCUUCUCUGGGCCCUCUCCUUCCUCCUCAUCCUGACCCUCUACUUCAUCCCCGCGGCACUCACCGUCUUCCUCCUGAGCUACGUCUUGUCGGUGCUCACCCUCUUUUUUUCCGGUCUAGCCCUGCUCGCCAGGGUCUUGUGCUGCUUGUGGCAACACCCCCCGAGGCAGCUCUGCGUGGUCGUCCUGCUACCUAUCAUCUUCUUCCCUUUCCUCACGGUUCAUUUUGGUUACUGGCUCUUGCUAAGACUGUUUGAUUUUUCCAUUUUUGUCUUUGACAACUCCCUGCCGCUCGCCUGCGCGAACAGCGGCAUCAACCCUCUGAUUUAUUUCUUGGCUGGGAGCUGCGCGAAGAAGUUCACGCUCUCCCUCAGGGUUGCUUUCCAGAGGGCUUUUGAAGAUGUAACAGAGCCUCAAAACAGAGGUGAAACUCCCAGAGAAAACACAGUGGAAACAGCUGUUUAA